AUGCCUCGCAGAUUUAGAUGUCGUGCAUGUAUCAGAAUCGAAUGGGGCCGCGAUAUGGUGAGCUCAAAUUCCUCUCCAGCUCUGAAAGCGAAUAGAGACGAUCCCAAUAUGGGAACCUUUCUCUCGAUGACGGAUCCAGGAACCGAAAGGAAGCUGGCAAGCCCAACAGCCAUCGCUAUGGUCGUCAACUGUCUCACGGCAUUCACCGCAAUCCUCAUGGCCACGGCACUCCGCUUCGUCCUCCGGCGGCUGAACGAAGGGCUCGACCGUGGCGAGCACGUCGAGGGCGCGAUCAACUCGGCGAUUGACGAAGCGGAAAAGAAGGGCUUCAGGUUCCUGACCUAG